AUGAUUAGAAGUCCCGAUCUGGACUCCUUUGUUUGUUGUGCUGUAUGUUCAAAAACAAUACCACCACCACCUUCCAACGCUACUUUUGAUCGGAUUCAGGAGUAUAAGCCUUUCAGAACACGGUAUUAUACUCAUCGUGAUAUACUGGAGAUUGGAGCAGACAUUCAACGAGAACAACAUGAAAAGAAGGAGGCAGAGAUAUAAGAGCGCAUUGAAAAAAUGAAAACUGAACUUUGGUCUGAGGCUGAAAUGCACAAGGAAGAUGCAGUGGAUAAAGCUCUGAAAGAGGCAGCCGCUAACCACAGUGCAUUUGUACAGGACCUUAAACAAAAACUUGGAAAGGAAUUAAGGGAGGAGGUGAGGAAGGCUGAGGCAGAGAUGCAGUAGUACAUGGAAGAUGAGCGGAAGAGAGAGGCUGAAGCUGCAGAGCAGCACAUGGCUCACAGACUUCAGUGUGCCCAGGAGAAGAUGCAAGCGGUGGCCAAAGCCAGGAAACAGGAGACGGAGGCGGCCCUGAAGGAAGCAGCCAGGCAGCACAGAAAGCACUUAGAACAACUCAAAGAAGAAAGUAUGUUAGCUGAAGAAAGAUAUCAUAAAAGUAUAGAGCAACUAAAAAAGUGUCAUGAGAUUAAUAUUGCCCUGAGUAUCACACAAAAAGAGAAUCAGACUGAGACUGAAAAACAGCUCAAAGAAGCAGAGACCCUACAUCUUGAUGAGCUGGAAAAAGUGAUGGUUAUGCUGAAAGCAGCAGAAGAGCAGGUAAAGACUCUUAUGCAGAAGAUGACAGAUUGGAAGGACAACCUGGAAACUGAAAUACAAGCGACAAGACAAGCCUUUCAAAAGUAUAUUGAUGCCACAUUUCCUAACCUGUCCCCUGGACAAGCAGAUUUUAUUCUGCCAUUCGGAGAAGCAUUUCAGCAGAAGGACGCCCCAGAAGAAGCAGAGGAUGGUGACAAGGAAUAUAAAAGAACUAGUAUUAAAAGUGUGAGAUUCACAGCCAUGGGUAAACAGAACUACAAAUAG